CCUCCGCUCGGUGUGAAAUUACCAGACUUCUCCCUUUCAAUCUUCAGUGAUAAUACUAGAAACUUCUAUGGCGGCGGCACCAACAGCUUCAGCUUCAACAGCUUAUCUUUGUUCAUAUGCUUCUCCUCAUCGCCCAUCUCUUCCUUCAUCUUCUUCAAAUUAUUUCCAAACCCAUUUUUCCUUGAAACCCAUUUCCUCCAGAGGCUUUUGUUUUUGUUUGCCCAAAAAUGCAAACAUUCCGGUAAUCAAUAACAACAGCAGCAGGAGAUGCCGAUUUCUUAAAGCUUCUCAGUCACACUCCGAAGACUCCGCUUCCGAAACUGAUGAUGAAGAUGAGACUCCUCUCAGUAAAACAGAAGAGGAAGCGGACCAAGAACUUCCUUCAAGAUUGGAGUCUACUAUCUCAGCUUAUAAGGAGGCCAUUUUAAAUGGAGAUGAGAAAAGUAUAUCCGAUUUUGAAGAGAUAAUACACAUGGUAGAAAAGGAGAGGAAUGAGUUGUUAGAAAAGGUUUCUGUUUUGUCAGAUGAAAUUGGUGCUCAGAAGGACAAGUAUGUUCGUUUGCAAGCAGAUUUUGACAACUUCAGGAAGAGAACAGAGAAUGAGAAGCUAACAAUAAGGAGUAAUGCCCAGGGAGAAGUGAUUGAGAGUCUCUUGCCUAUGGUAGAUAACUUUGAACGAGCCAAGCAACAUAUCAAACUAGAGACAGAGCAGGAAAAGAAAAUUGAUGCAAGUUAUCAGGGCAUAUACAAGCAAUUUGUAGAAAUCAUGAAGAACUUGGGUGUAUCUGUUGUACCAACUGUUGGGACAUUAUUUGAUCCUAUGUUACACGAGGCUAUUGCCCAAGAGGAGUCUGAAGAGUUCAAGGAGGGUGUUAUAAUUGAAGAGUUCCGUCGUGGUUUUCUCCUUGUGGACCGACUUUUAAGACCAGCUAUGGUCAAGGUUUCUUCAGGUCCUGGGGUAAGGCAACCCUCUUCAGCGGCAUCCGAGCAGUCAGAGCAACCUGCUACUGCUGGAGUUGAGGAAAUAGAGUUCAGCGAACAAUCAACAGGAUAAAUCCCCCUGGAGAAUGUCUUUCCAAUCAACCUUCAUGAACCCUUGAUUCCUCCACUGCUGUAAUCGACACUUUUUCAAGCUGAGAUCUAUUUCUCUCAAUACAGGUCUUGCUACAUGAUGUUUCUGCAAAAAGACGACGAACCUGAAUUUUCCCAUGGAACAUUCUCUUUAAAAAUUUAAAGGAAGAGGAAAUGUGAAACCUUAACCGCUUUGAAGCAUGUGAGCCUUCUACAGUAGUAGCGAUUGAGGCCCUUUCACUGUACUAGUGUUGAGCUGGAAAACAUGCAAUCAUAUUUUUUAUUUUUGCUACUUGCAGAUUUAGUUUAAUAUGGAUUUUAGAGUUUUAA